CACAUGUAAACGGGGUAAGCAUUUGCAGACUGUACAUAUGAUAAGUAUAUAUUUGUAUUAUCACAUACCAAACACCAAAAAGAAGACGUUCUGACGGUCAAACAUCAUAAGGUCAAUAAAGACUAAGUUACAGAGUGGUUCUCAUCACAAAGAUCAUGGACAAAAACCACCUUACAAUUCCACCAUUAGGUAGCGGUGGUAGCUUUAACAGGAAAACGGAUCCGGAGGCAGUUGCUAGACCAAAGGAACGACCGAAGCAUAUAAACCAUAGCUACAUACGAAAUGCUGACGGAACACUAGCCAAGGUGACAAACUUCGGAGACACUUCAUUGGACCACCUACAUUACGUGACUGUAUUUGGGGAAGACAAACACAGAAGGAGACGACAUCACUACGAAGACGUAGAACCCACCGGUGAUAUUCUUGAUAAUGGGAACGUGACCCUAGACAAGUUCCAGUUUGAUUACUUAUUUGGAGGUGGAUCUAGACCUAAAAGUGAAAAACCAAAAGAGAAAGUCACCGAAAUCGAGCACCCAUACAGCAGAGGACUUAGUAGUAGCAUACCCUAUUAUGGUUCUCCGCAAAUUCUUACAACUUUUAACACUUCUCGAAAACUUGGCGAAGUGUCAAAAAUCAUACCAAUAGAAAGUGGCAAAGCUUGGAUUAACACAGUAGGUGACUCAUUUUUGACAUUAAUUGAUAAUACGGGGAAGAGACUGAACAGAACACCGAUUUACGACAACUGUAUUUGGGAUUUCGCCGUUAACAGAAAACACAAAAUGUACAUAACUGUUGACCGCAGUUCCCAAGUCCAUGCUUUGACACCUUACGGUGACCAAACCGCAGCAGGGAACUUCCUGGGUUAUCAGCCCUACGGUGUAGCUGUGACGGACGAUGGCAGACUUCUCGUUUGUCUUCGGCCGUUAGCUGGAACCCAAGGUCACAGUAAAUUGGUUAUAAUUAGCAAAACUGGUCAGGUGACGCGUGAAUUAGAAACUCAUGAGGACAGGAAGACGCCAUUGUUUACUGACCCCUACAAUGUUCAUUGUAUCAAAAGUGGCAAGAUAUUUAUACGGGACGGGAACACGAGAGUCGUGUGUAUUAGUGAAAAUGGUAAACACCUUUACACGUGGUCAAAUCAUCACGAUGAUGUUAACACGGAAGGGGAGGAGGUGUUUAACCCCUCGCGUUUAACCUCUGACCGCCAUGGGUCACUGAUCGUGUCAUCGAAAGAUACUAAUAAAGUGUACAUUCUGCCCGUAGAUGGCAAGGGGCUACGCUGUCUCCUGGACCUCACCCACGGGAUACACGCCCCGUGUGGGUUGGGCGUCGACAAUGACGGCAAUCUGUGGGUUGCGUGCAAGGAAAGGGCACUGCACAUUAUCAAGUACUGAUACAAGCAAAGAUAAUCGCUGACAUUGUCUCUCAUUCUAUCAAAAGUGGCAGAGAUAAAUAUAUCUAAAAGCGAUGUUGAUCGAAUGGAACAUUUUUGUCGGAAUGAAUGCUGUUUGACAACACUUUAUAUUUCUGUAAAUAAAUUUACAUACUAAAACAAAUGAAAUCAUAAUAAAUAUGGAAAGGUUG